CCUCCCAGCUGUACAUAGCUGUCCAAUCCUCCCCCAUGUGACCCCACUGCACAAACACAUAGAUUCACAGAUUGCACAAGAUUUAUUCUCAUUUUGAAAGUGAAGAGAAAAGAAGAGCUUUAAUGGUAUGUAGUGGUUGUGGUUCUUCUUCUUGUGGCUUUCUUCCCUCUUAACAUUCUCUUGUGCUUUUGGGUGGUUCUGUUUUGGUUUGCUUUGUCUGGUUUUCUUUCCUACAAUAAGGUGUUUCUCUUGCUUUCCGACAUUGUAUGUUUGAGUGAGUUUCUGUAAGAGAUUGUCAUUUAAUUUGGUUUGGUGGUUUGUUGGGUUGGGUUGGGUUGAGUCAUUUUUGUGUGUCAUGGCACAAUUGCCUCCCAAAAUCCCAAACAUGACACCAAAUUGGCAUGACAUUUCACACCAAAAACUAGCUUCAAUUGGGAGCAGCACCAAAACCACUGCCACCACCACCACCUCCUCUCCGAACCCUUCUUGGGUGGACGAGUUCCUCGACUUCUCGUCGGCGAGGCGGGGGUCUCACCGGAGAUCCGUCAGCGACUCAAUAACCUUCCUGGAGGCCCCAGUGCUAGAUGAAUGUCGUGGCUCAGGUACUACCGCACCACCGGGGUCCGGGACUACUAGCAAUGACUUUGACAGGUUUGAUGACGAGCAAUUCUUGUCCAUGUUCACCGAUGAAAUGUCUACGGCCGUGGCCCCCACCGUGUCAUCCUCGAACCCCUCCACGCCAUCCGAUCAUAACAGCAUUAAUGAUGAUCAGAAAGAGACACCAUCACAUGAUCAUCUCCAGCUGAAGCAGCAUCAGCAGCUAAAGAAUGAAUCUGAGGAGGUAGAAAGCCAAUGCCAGUCGGACACACAAACUCUUCCCAACGCACUGGCAAACACGUCCAAUGAUAGAAUAACUGAUCCUAAGAGGGUAAAGAGAAUCUUGGCAAACAGACAGUCUGCACAAAGAUCAAGGGUGAGGAAGCUACAAUACAUAUCAGAGCUUGAACGUAGUGUCACCUCAUUACAAGCUGAGGUUUCAGUGUUGUCACCACGAGUUGCGUUUCUAGACCAUCAUCGCUUGCUUCUAAAUGUUGACAACAGUGCUCUUAAGCAAAGAAUCGCCGCCCUUGCUCAAGAUAAGAUUUUCAAAGAUGCUCAUCAAGAAGCACUGAAGAGGGAAAUAGAGAGACUCAGGCAGGUUUAUCACCAACAGAGCCUGAAGAAGAUGGAAAAUACUGAUCAUGAUCAUGCCAACGCUUGUAACGACAAAGAGCAGCUUCUCAAUGUUUGACCCUCUUCCACAGACUGCAUUUACAAGGUCUAGCCAAGAACAAAAGAGAAAAUCAACUGGAUUUUUUUUAUCAUUUUUCGCGGAAUAUGUUACAUGUGACCCAUCAAAAUGCUGGCUAAUUACUUUCAGUAGCCACUGAUCAUGGAAGGGGUUUUGUUGGGAAUAAGGCACAUUCUGAGCAAUCACGUGAUAUGUUCACCUUUAAGAAUGGGACCACUCAAAGGUUGCAUGAUUGGGCUUGCAGGAAAGAACAUGUGCCUCUGUGUUUUUAAACAAAGCCAAAAAAAAAGAAAAAAAGAAAAAGAAAAA